CACAUUCUUCCAACUUCGACGCUAUUUGAAGGGCAGAUUUCACAGAGUCGUGUUGCUUGGACCUAAAACAUUGACCACAAACAGAGCACUCUGUACUUGAUGAUUCUUCUAUAUAAUCCUGUCAGAUCCUCUUCCUCUCAUCACUCCUCUAUUCAAAAAUUCAUCCUUCUUCUCCAUCGGAUUUCUGGGUUUAUUUGAAUCUAGAGCAUGGAGAUGAACUCAGAUCCGGCGUUGUUGUUUGAAGCAGAGAACGAGGAUGAUGUCUUUUAUGCUGAGAUCAGGAGACGGAUUCUGCAACUAACAACUGAAGACGACGAGGAACACAGCGAGGGAUUCCUCGGAGAAUCCAAACGGGUCAACCGUAUUGUCUCUGGUGGUGUAGAUUCGUACGGGUCGGGUUAUGGCUUACCGGGUGGAAGCCAUCUUUGGUCCUGGGAAGCUCAGAACUCUGGUGCAUCACCUCCCGUUUGGUUGAUGAACUUGUGGAAGAAUGGUAAAGGAACUGGGGUGUUCAUUCCUCAAGUUAUCAGAUGCAAGAAAAAUCAGGGACCAGGCAGAAUGAACAAAAGAAAAACAUAUAAACCAGUGGCGACCAAGGAUUGAUGAACCAACAAUUUGAAAGACGAAGUUUAGCAGAAAACUGCAGAUUUGAUGAUCCAUACAGAUUGGUGAAAAACUUGUCGGCAAAUUAGCUGUACAAUAUUAAUUAUUUCUUUCAAAUGAAAACGCGUUCAGCUUGCUAGCCGUUUA